UUUAAAUUUAAAUAUGUCAAUGAUGACCGACAGAAUCAGAGGACUUGGAGGCAGGGAUGUCUCCGGCUCUCAAAAAGGAGCCCACUGGGCUUCCAGCCAAGUCGACGAGAACCAGAGGACAACAAAAUUUAGAGACAAGAAGUUUGAGGGCUACUCUGAGCUCAAAGGAACUCUUGAUGCUUCCAAGAGAAAAGGAAAAGGAGAUAAUUCAGAUCAACAAGCGCUAAAACAGCUUGAGGACGAGUACAUCCUGAACCUUCAGAAGCAGAUUGCUCUGAUGGAGCAAGAACUGAAGUUGCUUAAGGAGCGAGAAGCCGAGCAGAACAAAAAUGCUAAUGUUUAUAAGGUACUGUUACAGGAAGGAAUUCCUGUGAAUUCAGACUUUAUCGCUCUUAAGGAGAAAUUUAACGACCAAAAAGAAGUCUGGGAUAACAAGCUGAUGAACCAGGAAGCUGAUAACAAAUCUGAGAUUAAGAAUAAUAAAGGCAAGGAGCACACCAUUGUUAUUUUGAAUCACGAAUUUGAUGAUAUUAGUGAUAGGUAUACUACAUACAAGAAAGACACCACAACUAUUAUUGAGGACCUUGAGCAUAAAAUUUUCACUGAGCUGAAUACUCUUGACAAGCUCAGUAAAGACAGGGAAGAACUUGCCUCAAAACUCUUGGAAAUGGAAACCCAUAAUACUCAAUUAGAGCGUCUGAUCACUCGUAACAAGAUGUUUAACAAGAAGCCAGAGUUGAUGAAGCAAAGAGCUGAUGAGCUUUACAAGUGGAACAAGAAGAUUAAUGACCUCUCUGACCAAAUCGCCAAGAAGGACCUGGAACUGUACAAGCAAAAGAUGAAAUUAGAAGAUAAAGACCUUAUUAAGAAACAGAAUGAGCAGGUUUUGGAGACUACACAGAAGUAUAACAAGAUCGAAAUUGAGAUUAAUAUUGCGAGGAGCCAGAUCAAGGAACUUGAAGGUAUCAAGAAGAUGAACAUCAGAAUUUUACAGGACUUGUAUGCUGAAAUCCGAGAUCUUGAGGACGAAAAUGAACAAAUGGAGGCCAUUAUCGAACCAGACGCCAUGGAUGAUAUCAAGUUCUUGGAAGUUCUAGCUGAUAAGGAGAAAGAAAAGAAAGUUGAGCUUCAAAGCACUAUUGAUUCAGACAGUGUUUACGUAGAACAUCUUCUCUCAACCAUGAAAGAUGAGGAAGGCAAAGCCAAAGACAUGCUUGAUGAGAAGGUCAGGCUCGAGAAUGAAUAUAAGCUAAGUGAGGAAGAUGCAGACAGACUCAGAUAUGAUGUCAAGAAUGGAAAUGAUGAGAACAUCAGACUAAAAUCCCUCCAUGACCUUCUUGAAGUCAGAAAGGAAAGACUGACUUCAGAAGUUGAAGACAUGAAUAAUGAAAACGAGGAUUAUCUUAAAAAGAAUGAAGAGCUUGAAGAAGAAAAUAAAGAAACCGAAGCUAAGAUAAAGAUGGUGCUCAAAAAGAUCGAUGUCAACAAUCUACUUAAGGCUGUUAAUAUUGAUGACCUAUCAGCUGCUGCUAAGAAGAACCAGAACGUUAAUAAGGUCCUCAUGACUUUGAUUAACAAAUGGGAGCAAGUCAAUAUCGACAAAGAUUAAGUCUUAUUUAUUUUCAUUAAA